UCUUCAUAUACGCAGAGGAAAAUGCAAUAGACUUGUAGCUAGUUAUUAGCUGGCCGAGAAAGGAGGUGAUGAGUUAGCCAAGUUAGCACUGGGACGGAGAAGCCUGUUUCUUUGUGAGGUUGAAAUGGAAGCACAUACAUAUGGUGCAGCAGUGGUUGUACCGACCAACUGGAGUGUGGUUGUUACUGUCAUUGGCAUGCACAUUGAAUAACGGAGUGCAUGCAUGCGUGAAGCAAGUGAAGCGUUGCUGCUGUGUACUGUACUACUCGUCCUACAAGGCUAGAAGCAGAAAGUAAGAGAAAGCAAAUGUGAGUGUCAAAAGAUGAUGCGUGCCAUCAUCGUUCCAUGCAUUGGUUCACCACCAUAGGAGGAUGCAUUGGUCAUGUAUGCCAACCACAAAACCACCGCUGUCUAAUGACUUUGUAGCUAGCUAGCAGGAAUGCAGGAUCUUCUUUUUCUUUGUAACAUGAUCUCUGUAUCCCCCCUGCUUUCUGCUCUGCACCUCCACCACCACCUGCUACUGCUGCUCCUAUAUAAAGAGACCCUUGCAUAAGCAAUUCUAAUCAAUACUGAAGCAGAAGAGAGGAGCAAGCAAGCAUCCGGCAUGUCAACGUCCUCAGUGCUCCUGAUGACCCUGCAGGUUGCUGCUCUUCUCCUCUGCUGGCUGCUGCAGCAGACAGUAGUUGCCAAGGAGCAGUACCAUGAGUUCGUGGUCCAGGAGGCGGCGGUGACGAGGUUGUGCCGGAAGCACAGCAUCAUGACGGUGAACGGGCAGUUCCCGGGGCCGGCGUUGGAGGUGAGCGAGGGCGACUCCCUGAUCGUGAGGGUCAUCAACCGGGGCGGCUACAACGUGACGGUGCACUGGCACGGCGUCCGGCAGAUGCGGACGGGGUGGUCGGACGGGCCCGAGUACGUGACGCAGUGCCCCAUCCGCCCUGGCCAGAGCUUCACCUACCGCUUCACCGUCGCCGGGCAGGAGGGCACCCUGUGGUGGCACGCCCACAGCUCCUGGCUCCGGGCUACCGUACACGGCGCCCUCAUCAUCCGCCCCCGCUCCGGCGUCCCUUACCCCUUCAACGCCGGCAAGCCACCCGCCAGGGAGAUCCCCAUCCUGCUCGGGGAAUGGUGGGACAUGAACCCCAUGGACGUGGUCCGCACCGCCACCCGCACCGGCGCCGCGCCCAACAUCUCCGACGCCCUCACCGUCAACGGCCAGCCCGGCGACCUCUACAGGUGCUCCUCCAAGGACACCACCACGUUCCCCGUCAGGUCCGGCGAGACCAACCUGCUGCGCUUCAUCAACGCCGCGCUCAACACGGAGCUCUUCGUCUCCCUCGCCGGCCACACCAUGACCGUCGUCGGCGCCGACGCCUCCUACACCAAGCCCCACGCCACGUCGGUGCUCAUGAUCGCGCCCGGCCAGACCACCGACGUCCUCGUCACCUUCGACCAGCCGCCCGGCCGGUACUACCUCGCCGCCCGCGCCUACGCCAGCGCCCAGGGCGUCCCCUUCGACAACACCACCAGCACCGCCAUCUUCGACUACGGCGGCGGCAGCGGCAGCCCCGCGAUGCCGACGCUCCCGGCCUACAACGACACGGGCACGGCGACGGCGUUCACGACGAGCCUGCGCGGCCUGCGCAAGGCGGAGCUCCCGUCGCGCGUGGACGAGAACCUCUUCUUCACCGUGGGCGUGGGGCUCGUCAACUGCUCGGCGGCGGGCCAGCAGAGCUGCGGCGGGCCCAACAACACGCGGUUCGCGGCGAGCAUCAACAACGUCUCCUUCGUGCUGCCGUCCACCCUGUCCAUCCUGCAGGCGGCGCGCUACCAAGGCGGCGGCGGCGGCGGCGUGUUCAGCGCUGACUUCCCCGGCACCCCGCCGGUGCAGUUCGACUACACGGCGCAGAACGUGAGCCGCGCGCUGUGGCAGCCGGUACCCGGCACCAAGGUGUACAGGCUCAGGUACGGCGCCGCCGUGCAGGUGGUGCUGCAGGGCACCAGCAUCUUGGCCGGCGAGAACCACCCCAUCCACCUCCACGGCUACGACUUCUACAUCCUGGGCGAGGGGUUCGGCAACUUCAACGCCGCCAGGGACACGGGCAGGCUGAACCUGGAGGACCCGCCGAUGAGGAACACGGUGGGCGUGCCGGUGAACGGGUGGGCGGUGAUCCGGUUCGUGGCGGACAACCCGGGGGUGUGGCUGAUGCACUGCCAUCUGGACGUGCACAUCACCUGGGGCCUCGCCAUGGCCUUCCUCGUCGAGGACGGCGUCGGGGAGCUGCAGUCUCUCGAGGCACCUCCACCGGACCUCCCGCUCUGCUGAAUGAGCCAGCAUUAACAGUUUCAGAUUCAUCUCAUCUGCUUAUUGCCUGAUGCUGAUUAAUUAUUUGGAAUAUUCCUACUGUAACAAUUCACAGGAUUAUUUGUUACAAAUCACAGCCUAGCUCUGGGCAUCAAUCAAGACAUAAACAUUGCCAAUUUAAUCCGUCCAAAGUUUUGUUGGGCUCCCAUCCCAUUCCCAUGGGCCGGCCAUAGCAGCGUCUUCUUAUGUAUCUACUGACAUUCACUCAUUUCGCUGGGCUGGAACUGGAGCUGGUGGCUGGAGUGGUGUGAGAGAAAAAUACUGUUGACUGGCUGGUGGCUGGAAGCUGAUGCUGGAGCUAGAUAAAAGGAAAAAACUGUUGGGCUGGAGGCUGCUGGAGCUGCCGAACAGAGUUAUCAUGGACACUGAGACACGCAUACAACAUGACGGCACCCGCCCACCUCUCUGCCAUUUCACUUUACUUUUACCCAUCCUCUUCCUUCUUUCCUCUGCAAGCCCCACGCCAACUCGCUGAGCCCCACCCCUCCUCUGCAAGCGCAAGCGGAGGAGGAAACGAGGUCCGGAAUUCUUGGACUCACCCCAACUGGCCGAGAUUUCAGUGCACUGCAGUGUGACCGCCCCGUUCCUCUUCCUCCUCCGAUUUCAAGAGCAGGGUUUUCUGGGGAUUGCGGUUCAUCAACUGCCCGUCUAGGUUGUUCCCCCUAAUUCUGAUUGUUCAUGAAUUCAGCAUGUCUCUUCCUGUCAUAAUUAUUAGUGACUUCAUGUCCAACUUAUUUGCUUCCUUCAUUGAUUUUGCCCCGCAGACCCACGUGAAAAAUCUUAUCUUGUGCUUGGACUGGGAAAUUACUGUAACAAUUCCAUCUAGUACUGAGGCAUUCACUCAACUGAUUUUGGUACUCCGCUCCAAUUCCAAACAAAUGCAAUGCAACUGUACCUCUUGCUUCACUCCACCUUUCAUUUGUUUCUUGCUUUAUUUAUCUCCAUGUGCUAGUACAUAUCAGCAGUCAGGAAAGAGGGACAAUUGCAUUUGUUGCUGCACUUUAUUACUGCACUGAGGCCCUGGCCAUAUAAUGCACCUGGCAUAUUUCACAGGGGUAAGCUUCAUUGAGA